AAUUCAUCUUUGGCUCUGGAACUAAACUGUAUGUAACAGAUCACCCGGUAGUGAAGCCCGUGGUGAGCGUGUACCCAGCUGCUUCCAGAAAAGGACAGGAGGAGAAGAGCUCCCUAAUGUGUGUGGCUGCGGACAUGUUUCCUCCUCCGAUCCGGUUCUCCUGGAAAAGAAUAAAGGAUAAUGGUCUUCAGGAGGAGCUUGCACCUGGUGAGGAGGAGCAGCGGGAGUUCAGACAGUUGGGAUGCAUUGCCGCCAUCAGAGUGAUUGAUGAGGACGCUCGCAACGCAUAUAAUUACCGCUGCUACGUCCAGCACGAGGGGGGGGAAGUGGAGGCCAAAAUAAAACAAGAGGUUUCUGCAAAGACAUCACCUCCACCAUCACUUCCACCAUCACGUCCACCAUCACUUCCACCAUCACGUCCACCAUCACUUCCACCAUCAACCAUACCAUCACUUCCACCAUCAAUUGAACCAUCACUUCCACCAUCAAUGUCCUUCCAGUCUCAGUGCAGGGUGAAGCUGCUCUGUUUGAUGUACACAGUGCUGAUAGUGAAGAGUCUGGUGUACUGCUGUGGACUGUCUCUGCUGAGGAUCCUCAGAAACAAGGGACCGUCCACCUGCUGCACACAUGCUGACUGACUGCAUCUGACUGACCUGCUUUUUGUUACCAUCAAAUCUCAUCAGUUCAUCUCAUGCUUUGAUCAGCAGUCAGAAAAGUUCAGAUGUGUUGUGGUUAGUCGUAAAAUAUAUCUUUUACGCACAGGUUAGAUACAGUCAUCCUAAAAAUAUAAACACAUAUAUACAAUGUUUGGAUCACAGGGAACUCACGAUAGAGUUGUUCAUAUUUGAUCAAAAAUUAACUUUUAUCAUGUGUCAUUGAACUCAAUUAGCCACCAGCCAACUCUAAGGAGAACAGACAGAGUGGCCAGACCCUCUCAUCUGUAGCACAACACAGCAAAAGACUGCAACUGAUCAAUUCUUCGCCUCGCCUAGGUCCAUCCACAAAAGACAAUAACAGCACCAUUACACAGAUCACAUAAACAUAACUAUACUUCUGAUUCUGCCAUAAACAACAUCUAGUCUUAGUUUAAUGCAGGUUUAAUUCAGUUAGUUUGGUCUUGUGUGUUUUGCUUUGUUUACCUUGUUAAAUAAAUGCUUGAGUAUGUACAUGCUGGUUUCUUUUAAUAUAGAGUGAAUAUAUUGCCAACCUCCUCUACAUAGAAAUCCAAAUCCUUCAACCCACUAUCUAUUAUUGAU